AUGAGGCAACUGUCUGUAGAAGACAUAAGAUAUGCUGAAGCAAAAAAAAAAAGGCAGGAAAGCGAAACUAUUUUUUUAGAGUACCUGCAUCAACACAGUAGCUCUGAUGAUUCCAAUGAACUACAAACUGAAUUUUAUGUAAAAGGAAAGAUUGUGUGUAGGGAAGCAUGGCUUCUUGCACACAAUUUAAAUAAGGAAACCUUUAGACGAAUUUGGGGAAAAUUUAAUGAUGGUGCAAAUGUGCUGGAGCAUGGGAAUAAAGGAAGGAAGUCAAUCACUAGCAAGACUGCAGAUUGCAUUGCCUGGUUGCAGUUUUUUGUUAGCUGUGUAGGGGACCACCAACCAGACAAUGGUGGCAUCCAUUUACCAACAUGCUUUACUAAAAGUGACAUUUACAAAAAAAAUGCUGGAGGAAAAUAAAGCACUCAGUCAGCCAACAGUAUCCCUUUCUCAUUUUUAUGGCCUAUGGGAAAGGAAUUUUCUUCAUGUCACCAUUCCCAAGGUAAGUGGCACCAAAUAUGCAAUAGUUUUCAGUAUGAUGAUGACUAACACUUACAGGUGUGUGUAUUUUACAAACCAUUUAUGUAAUAAUAUCAUUGCUGUUCAAUACAUACAAUUUGACAAUGGCACCCAAAGAGAACAUGAAAAUGUGUUAAAUAUGGAAACCUAGAUAGCAAAAUAGGGGGCCCAGUAGGUCAUGACCACCUCUUAUCCAACAAUCAUGAGAAAAAAGUUUUAUUUUGUGGCUUUGUUUGGUCUGUAAACUGCUGAGAUGAACCAUGCCUAGUUUUUUUUUUCAUGUUAUACCUCAUACAUGCAGAAAUGAUCUAUCAAUUUGAAUCUUCUAGGAAAAUCGCUUUACAAAAUGCACAGACUGCACAAAAUACAAGCAGGAGAAAGAGAAAACUGUGGACAAAGCCAGAAGGGCUGAAAUUGAUCACUUGCUGAAGCUUCAUCUUGAUUUAGUCUGGUGAGAGAAAUGUUUAAAAAAAAGUACAGUUAGUUUGAUGAACAAAAAUCUGUCACAUCAAAAGCAAUUCACUAGUCUUCUGGUCUUAAGAACUAAUAAUAAUUUUUCCUUAUAUCACUAGGCAGGAAAGGAGGGUGUACUAUCUUCACAGGUAUAAAGCCAGGAGGUACCCAUCAAAGUAUGUGGCAAAUAUUGCUGAUGGUAUGGACCAACACACCACAAAUGUCCCAAGUGUGCGCCGAAUUACCAAGGCAAUGUCUGCACUUACGACUGUGGGAACACACCUUGUUGGUUCCAUUAUUCACAAUGGACAAGCACAAAAUGGAAAGGAGAUUUAUGGGUCAUUUGACUACUACCAGUAUCCUCAUGACUCUAAUCUCACUAUGACAGUUCUGUUGGAAGUCCUUGUAAGAUGGGCGGAGGAAUUUGACCUACCACCCAUUCUCUAUCUGCAGUUUGACAACUGUGUUAGAGAAAACAAGAACCGCUACAUGUUUGCUCUAUUGGCACUUCUGGUUGAAGAGAAAAUUUUUGAAAAAGUAUGUUAUCUUGGGUAAUUUUAAAAGAAAUGCAUUUGCCUUAUUCACAUUUCCCACAAAGCACUUUGUUCAAGCGUCAAAAUGUCCCAUUGCAAUGUUUUCAAGGUCCAUUUGGGUGGGAAGUUAGUUUCCAUUCAAUCUCAAUUUUUGCAACUACUGAAUGAAUGUAACCUGAAGUUGAAAUUAAAAAAAAAACAACACCACUUUCCCUUCUUGUAUUUCAGAUAAGAGUUAACUUUCUCCCAGUGGGACAUACCCAUGAGGACAUAGAUGCCUUUUUUGGGGUUUAUUCAAAGCACUUAGACAAACUGGAUGUUUACACAGUCACAGGUAAGUUGUUCUAACAUAAAGUAAUUACUUCAAGGUACAGUUGGAGUAACUGAGAGGUUCAACAAUCAAAACUGCCUGUGCAGUGUGAUAAUCUUGUGUGGCAAAUAUUCACAUAAGUUAUCUAUCAAUAUAAAUACAUAGCAACUAGCACUGUGAUCAAACAAAUUUCUGCACGAGGCAAGAGCAUGGUUCAAAAUUUAGUCUAUAGAAAGUAUGAACACUUCCACUUGAAUUAACAGAUUAAAUGUGACAUUGACAUGUUAUAAAUUUGGUGUAAAUGCUUAUUUACAGAGUACAUGUAAGAUCUUAAUUUAUUUUACACUUCACUGUCACUUAGAAUUACUGAAGGCACUGGAAACAUGCAUGAAGAAUCCAACACCCAAGCCCUAUAUGCUCAAGAUGGUUUAUGACAUAAAAUCAUGGAUUAGUGAUUAUUGUGAGGAGUUACAUGAACACACAGUUCCAAAGUGCUUUAAAUUUACAUUGAAUGAGGAUGGAAAAGCAGUUAUGCACUACAGAAAUUGGAGCCAUGAGCCAUGGAAAGAGCCCAUUGCAAUGCUGAAGGUUAGCACAUGAAAUUCUUAAUUAGUGGUUCCUGAGUCAUAGUUAAAAUAGUAACUUAAAAGCUUACCUGAUGUUUUCUAAAGUAGCAUUGGCACUGACAAUUUGUAGGCCUGAAAAAUAACAUUAAUGCUCCAAAUAACUGAAUGUUUGCUGACAUUACAUGUUAAGAAUAUGCUGGGUUUAAAUUGAUCCUCAAUUUAAAAUGUAUCUCACUGCUUUUCCCUGUCUUUAAGAUUGGGAUCAUAAUGUGUACAAGUCAAAGAAGAAUUAAAUGGAAAGAGAAAGCCCUUAUUAUUGUCUCUCAAGGAAAUUUGAGCCAACAAAUACACUAAACAAAUACAUUGCUAGACAUGGUUUGAUGCUACUCUGGUUUAAAGAUUAAUUUUGUUGAAUUUAACAGAUAAGUUACAAUUAUUUAAUAUUUAAACCAGAAUAAAAUCAAACCAUGUUUGAUUGUUCACCUGGCUGCCUUGUGAGGUUUAAUAUAUCAAAUUCAUUGUUGCCUUUUUUUUGCUAUACUAGAGUUUACCCUCUGGAAAGCCAAAUACUGUGACUCCUUCCCUACAUAAACUGGACAUGGAGGGAUUGAAGAGAGAUAUUCCCACCAAAUAUCCCAAGAAUAUGCCCUUAAAAGCAUCUGAAGAGUGGGAAUCCUGGUUAGCAAAUACAGAGUUUAAUCUAUUAUCAGUACCUGACAACUACACUUGGCCAGUGGAUAAAUUGAAGAAUACUUCAAGGACUGUUUUAGCCUCAAAUGCUGAACUCCCUCAUGAACUUUUAGAGCUCAGAGAGAAAGAGAUCCAGCCUAUCACAGAGGUGAAUAAUAAUUAAAAUGCAGCAGUGGACACUAAAAAGCCAAGCCUUCAAAUGGUCCUACAGAUAUAAAAGAGAAAUAAUUAGAGGGGUCCAUUCCUCUAACCCCUUCUGCGUCCAGUUAUAGAUUAUACAAGUCCAACUUUAGAUAUAUAAUAAUGUACAUGAUAAAAUUACAUGCUUCUGAUUUGCUGAAAACAAGCCAAUUCUCAUGUAGCACAAAUGCAAAGUUGCAACAUGAGUCCAAAUUACAAAUAGGGCAAACACACUUUCAAAAUUUUGUCUGCACAUUGUUCUUGCAAUUUGGUCUACUAAGCACUUGUAAUUUUUCAAAUACCACGAAAUUGCACUUGCCCUUCAGGCUCGUGCAAAAAUUUUGUUGUCUUUGGAAACUUAUUUGUGCUUAUUCACACCAAAUUGCACUAAUAGAAUAUGACACGGUCACAUAAUCCAUUACUUAUAAUUAAUCAAAGAAUAAAAUGAUAAGAACAAUUGAUAAUUGAUACAUCUCAGUCGAAAUGCUCACCUAAACAAGUAAAUUCUAAUGAAAUGUCUGUUGAAUAUUUCAGAUUUACACAGGCCGUUACAGGACCCCGAGGGAAAGGGAAGCGCCUAUUGAAAUGGUAGACGAUUUCCUCGCUACUCUUCAAGUCAGCUGCUUUGUGGCUUUGUACUUCGCCAAUUACGAUAAACUGCCCUGCAUUGGCAAGGUCCUGGCCGUCGAGGAGGACAAUUUUAAGGUGCAUUACUGGAAAGGCACUUACUGUGGAAAGUGGACUCCUCAGCAUGUUCCCCGACAAAAAUCCAGACCAUGGGUGGAGAUCCUUCCUAAGAGCUGUAUAGUGUGCAGUUCAUUUGAGCUUACGGAAGACAACAAGCUAAUGCCAUCAACAAGAAAAUUUCUCAAGGAAAGAUAUGUCGCUUUGAGGACAAUUCAAUCUUGA